GGGCUGCUGCUGGUGCCCCCUUCCUCCUCUCCGGCAGCAGCACACGCCUCACCGGGCUGGUAUGCAGCAGGAUAAACCAGAAAAUGAAAACACGGGAUUCACCACCGCCGCCGGUCCACGUCCAUGUACCGGAGACCACACCUGUACAUGUUCAUAUGAGGAGGAGUCCCUGCAGGACCCCUCAGAUUAAAGCAAAAGACACACAGGUGAGGGGAGAUGGCGGGCGGCCAAAGGUCCGUACACCGUGGAUUCCUCCAGGAAUCCUCUCCUGCAGAAGAGAUGUGGGCUCCCUUAAGUGCCAGAGAAGCAGAGUAGAGCAUCGGUCGGGAAGUGGAAUCGGACAUCAGUGGGAUGAAGAGGAGCAGGAAGAAGAACUUGCCGGAGUAUCCACAAAUCUCACUGUCCUCCUCAGAGAGCAAGACAGCAUCCGUCAGUUAAAGAAGUCUGAUUCCAGAAGUCAACACAGAGAGACCGACGAGCUCCUGAGGGCGCUAGUAGAGGCAGAAAUCGAUGGUGUAGCAGUAGCCAAUCAGCUGACAGCCCUGAAGGACACUAUUGACAGCCUCGCUAAGGACAAGAGGCUGUCAAAGUUGCACGCAUCUUCACUGGCACGGCAGCAGGACUUGUUGCUCGAAAAGAUCGAGAUGUUUGACCACACGAAUCACAGCCUGCGAGAGCUCCUCAGAGACUGGAGUGUAUAUGAGAGAGAAUCCUUUGAGUUGAUACAACAGAAAGAUGCCAUAAAGAAGAGAUUGACUGCCAGUGAAGUAGAGAACAUUCGACUUUUGACAAAACUCACCAACAAAGAGAAUGAGGCUUCGAAGCUCGCUGAGCAUUUGAACUUCGAAAAGGUUUGAAACUUAGCAUGUGCUACUCAAAUACAAAAGGUUUUUAAAUCUUUUAUUUUGUCAUGACUUGGUAGAAAUAUGUUCAUUUCUCCCACACACAUUUUUACAGAAGCCCUAUUAUGCUUUCUGGGUUUUC